AGCUGGAGUCCACAAGCAGGAAGACCUGAGACAUUGGCUGUCAGAGCCACAGCAGGAAUCCACUCUUGUGAAUGCGUGGGACCUGGGCCACAUCCCACACCGCUCUGUUCCUCCAACCUCACACCCCGGACCCCACCAACGACCUGCACAUUGAUGGACUGGGCCAGAACCAAGUCUGAGCGCCCAGGGCUGUGGGUCUCCGCACUGGCUGUCCUUCUGCUGGGAGCCUGCCAGGCGCACCCCAUCCCUGACUCCAGCCCCCUCCUCCAGUAUGGGGGCCAGGUCCGGCAGCGACACCUCUACACAGACGAUGCCCAAGACACAGAAGCGCAUCUAGAGAUCAGGGCUGAUGGCUCAGUAUGGGGGGCUGCCCACCGGAGCCCUGAAAGUCUCCUGGAGUUAAAAGCCUUGAAGCCAGGAGUCAUUCAGAUUUUGGGGGUCAAGACCUCCAGGUUCCUGUGCCAGACGCCCGAUGGGACUCUGUAUGGAUCGCUCCUCUUUGACCCCAAGGCCUGCAGCUUCCGGGAGCUGCUGCUUGCUGAUGGCUACAAUGUCUACCAGUCCGAAGCUCACGGCCUCCCACUGCGUCUCCCCAGUGACUCCCCAUCCAGGGAUCCAGCACCCCCAGGACCGGCCCGCUUUCUGCCGCUGCCAGGCCUGCCCCCAGCACACCCAGAGCCGCCAGGGAUGCUGCCCCCCGAGCCCCCAGAUGUGGGUUCCUCGGACCCUUUGAACAUGGUGGGGCCUCUACAGGGCCAAAGCCCCAGCUAUGCUUCCUAAAGCCGGGGCUGUUAAUUUAGCCUCUUAUUUAUUGGGGUAUUUAUCUUAUUUAUUUUUCUAUUUUUCUUACUUGGGAUAAUAAAGACUGACAGAGAAGAUCUAAAGAGUGUGUGUCAGUGCUGGAAGGAGGGCUGGGCCCUGUGCCCUGUGUCCACUUGAUCCUGUGACCCUGCCACCCCAACCCCCACCCUGUGGCCUCCUGAGGGCCCAGCUUUCCACUGGGCACCAUCUUCCUACUCCCACAGAUGUCCCCAGGGUCUGCAGGACAAUUCCUGAUCUUUGAUCUUUAAAGAAACAAGAUGUUUUCUCAGGUGAA